GAGCGGCGCGAGGCAGCGCGGAGCGGCGGCCAGGACCCGCCGCAGCCCGGCCCCGCAUGCCCGGCCGCGCGGGGUAGCGGCGGCCCGGCCCAGGCGGCGGCGGCGCCGUCCAUGCGGGGCGUGAGGCGAGCGGGGCCGGCGGCAGCAUGAGCCAGAGCGAGGUGUCGCCGUGCGCGGCGCCGCCGAGCCAGCGCGUCUUCCAGGAGGCGGUGCGGCGCGGCAACACCAAGGAGCUGCAGUCGCUGCUGCAGAACAUGACGAACUGCGAGUUCAACGUGAACUCCUUCGGGCCCGAGGGGCAGACGGCGCUGCACCAGUCCGUCAUCGACGGCAACCUGGAGCUCGUCAAGCUGCUCGUCAAGUUCGGCGCCGACAUCCGCCUGGCCAACCGCGACGGCUGGAGCGCGCUGCACAUCGCCGCCUUCGGGGGCCACCAGGACAUCGUCCUCUACCUGAUCACCAAGGCCAAAUACUCCGCCGGCGCCCGGUGAUGCCGCGGGGCCGCCCCGCCGCCUUCCUGACAUGUCAAAGCUGCUCGGACUCCGUGGUUUUUGUGGUUUGGUUGUUUUUUUUUUUGAUUUUUUUUUUUUUUUGUGUGUGUGUGUUUUUUGUUUGUUUGUUUUUUGGCAAAGAAAUUUGGGGCCCCGCAAAGAUUUACUGAAAGCAAACAAACAAACACACCGCCAUUUACCUGCUUCUAAUUUUGUUUUUCUUCCAAGGGUUGUUUUCCUACUGUAAUUUUUUUUUCCAUCUACCUCGGCUGCACUCACAGUAUUCACGGUUUCAGUUUGACAUCUGGUCAGAUGCUUUAAAACGGUUGUUUCCCCCCCCUCCCCCCGCCCCUCCCUCCCCGGUAAUAUUUAAUCCUUUCUCCCCUCUCCUCUAACACCCGUGGUGGCCUGUCCCUCGAUUUUAAAGUAUUCUGGCUCAGAAACGAAUUCAUUUCAACACCUCCCCAGAUGCACCCACGUCGCCGGGCGGUGCUUUCCCCCGAGCCAGCUCCGACCACGCCGGGAGUCGGCGCCAGCGGCCGGGCAGGUGGCUCCCGGCAGCCGCCGGCCCCGUCCCUGCCCCGGAGGGGGACGCGCGUCUCCUCCGGCAGGCUUCGCCCAGUGUCUUCCUACUGCUCGGUUUCAUUUUUUGUUCUGUUUUGUUUUUUUUUUUUUUGAGGCAACUCCAUUGGAAUAUGACAGACUUGGUUUUCUCGCCCUGCCUGAUUGCUUUUUGUGUGUGUGCUGGGUUUUCUGUUUUUUUUCUCUUUUUUGUGGGUGUCCGAAGAAAGUCUGCAUCCUCAGCCGAUUCUUGAAUCCAUUCAGCACACGUGAGAUCACAGGAAAAGACGUUGAAUCCUUCCUUCUGGUUUUGUGUGUGAAGGGAGGAUUAGUAAACCCUGAACUUUUUUUCAUAUUAAAAAAAAAAGUGAAAUAAACUCUAGAGGCAGAGGAUUUGCUUUUGCACAGAAAAGGGGCGCGAGCGCUCUCUGCUGCCUAGAGAGAUGCCUGAAAACUACUGAGAAAUAGUUUGGGAACUUUUUUCUUUUGGUGAAACUUGGAUAACACUUCUCAAUGCAGAAUGAUUCACUUGAUGUAUGUAGAGUCACCUGCCUUUUAUACUAUAUAUAUAUGUCUAAGUAUAUAUAUAUUUAUAAAAGAAAGGGAGGAAGAAGAGAAAGCCACCCUAAGCCGCAUUUUGAAGUGACUGCACGUAUAAUCGCAAUGCUGCUUUUUAUUGCUAUGGCACAAGAACAUCCAUUUGGAAAAUGCGGAAAAUUUCAGAAGUCUCCUCUCUCCCCCUGGUCUUUCAUCCCUCUUCUGUUUGUCUGCACUAAAACCAACCAUAUCACUGCCAUCUCCCUGCUCUUUCCUCUCUUACUCCCUUUAUCCAAACCAUUACAAUUAAAAAUAGUUACCUGCUGUUUUUUUUGGGUUGUGUCUUAACUAUUUAUCAUGUAUGUGUAUAUAUUUGUGGGUGAAGUUUGUGAGCCUGGUUUUUGUUUGAAGCUGGUGGUGAGUGUUUCAAAAUAUGGUUUGGGAAAUAUGCUUUUUUUUCCUAGUCUCAAAACUAAAGCCUUGAGUCUGCCAUUAUUAUUUCCCAUUGCACUGAAUAUUCUGCUUUGUCUCUGAUGGUUUCACCUGCAGUUUUUGUUUCUUCCACUUCAACAAUUUGGGAUAAGUAAAAAGCUCCAGAUUCAAAGAAGAAAAAGGAAAAAAUCCCUGUUGCAAGUGUCUACUGUCAAUGCUGUAACUUGCAAGGAACUGCUUAGCUGAAGUCUUUUCUGUGAGCCUUGAAGGUGGUGUCCAGCACUUCCACUGGUGCUUCUGUGUAAUAGUUACAGGGUGGGAACAAUAUCUUUUCUAGCGAGGUUUUAUUGUUGUUACCAGAUGGUUGCACAUUUUUUGACUAAAUGGAUUUGCCACAUUGAAAUGUCAUAACAUUUAUGACAUAAUAUUAAAAAAGUGUAUUUUAAA